AUGCGUAGUGUGAAGCAAUUUGGGGUCCGGGGGAAGCUUAGUCCCCGAUAUGUUGGACCAUUUGAGGUUUUGGAGCUUGUGGGUGCGAUGACGUAUAGGCUUGCAUUACCACCGAGGCUUGCAGAAGUUCAUAACGUGUUUCACCUGUCGAAUCUCUGCAAAUAUUUUUGCAAUUCCUCUCAUGUAUUGGAAUACGAACUGGUAGAGUUGCGCGAGGAUAUGACUUAUGAGGAGUACCCGGUGUGCAUUCUUGAUCGAGAAGAGAAGAAGUUGCGGAACCGCACAAUUUCGUAUGUUAAGGUCUAG